CCUGCUGGUUUAAAUAAUUGACUCAAAAAAUCAGGAGCGGAGAGUGAGACACACAAUGGAGAGGAGUGCCGCACGGACACGUUGCUGCUAGACUAAUCGCGAUAGUGAGAAAGACUAGAUAGCGCAAAUAGUCUGUUUUUCUUUUUUUUGUUUUGCAUUUCGACGAGUUUACGCGCUUUUAUUCGGACUCUUAGCGCCACAGCAAGAGGCUACCAUGCCGCCCACGACCCCUUACGCGGGAAAGUUCAACUCCUGCCCUUCGUACAGCAACAAUAACCACGUUCAGCCUUCCAGCCCGUACCACGGCGGCUCCGGCCCCAAACCGUCCAGAGACAACGUCUACAACGGCGCCUACUCGCCGACCGAAAACCCUUACGACGUGCCGCAGCCUCACUGCGCGUACCGGACCACCUCCGUGUCCUCCGGCAGCACCAAGGAGCACCACUACGGCAGCAGCUAUGCGAUCUCGGAGAACCCGUACUCCUCGCCGCAGCCCCACAGUCCUCGCCAGCACAGCACUUCCUGCCCGGGCCGAGCGUACCGCCACACCAGCAGCAGCUGCAGCAGCGAGCACUCGUGCCGCACCAACGGCGCCGCCGCGAAAGCCCGGCUCUACGGCCACGGCGUCGCCACCAGCUACGGGGAGAUGUGUUACCACGACAACAGCUUGGUUUCAGCUUCCCUCGAGGCGCUCAUCCAGCACCUGGUUCCCACCGUGGAUUAUUACCCCGAUAGGUCGUACGUGUUCACCUUCCUGCUGAGUUCGCGCCUCUUCCUGCACCCGUACGAGCUCAUGACCAGGGUUUGUCACCUGUGCGUGGAGCAGCAGCGGUCCGGAGACGCCCUGCUGGAUAAGAUCCGAUUUCGUGAGGUGGCGCCCAAGCUGGUCCAGCUGCUGACGGAGUGGACGGAAACCUUCCCGUAUGACUUCAGAGACGACCGGAUGAUGCGCUGCCUGAAGGACAUGACGCUCCACGUGGCCCGAGGGGACGAGUAUUCGUGGCGGGCCAUGCAGCAGAUGACCCAGCGUCUCAUCAAGCGCCUGUCGGCCCUCGGGCAGUACGAGGAGGCCGUGGCCGCGCUCAACGCCGCGGCGCAGGAGCGGCCGGCUUCCCUGAAGACUAAACAGGCUUCAGCUCAAAGGGCCGACAUACUGAGCGUGUGCGACGACCCUUUCGUCCUCGCUCAGCAGCUGACGCACAUUGAAUUGGACAGACUGAGCUUCAUCGGUCCUGAGGAGUUCAUCCAGUCCUUCGCCAUGAAGGAUCCUCUGGAAAACCACAAGGGUUUCUUCCGAAAACGUAAAACAAGCAACCUGGAGGCCUACGUCAACUGGUUCAACAGGCUCAGCUACCUAGUGGCCACGGAGAUCUGUAUGCCCACAAAGAAGAAACACAGAGCGCGCAUCAUAGAGUUCUUCAUCGACGUGGCUCAGGAGUGUUUCAACAUCGGCAACUUUAACUCCCUCAUGGCCAUCAUCACUGGGAUGAACAUGAGUCCGGUCGCCAGGCUGAAGAAAACCUGGAAUAAAGUCAACACAGACAAGUUUGAAAUCCUGGAGCACCAGAUGGACCCGUCUAGUAACUUCAGCAACUACCGUACCGCGCUCCGUGGCGCCACCCAGAGAUCUGAGACUGCACAUAGCAGCCAGGAGAAGAUUGUGAUUCCUUUCUUCAGUCUCCUCAUUAAAGACAUCUACUUCCUGAAUGAAGGCUGCGCCAACAGACUGCCUAAUGGACACAUCAACUUUGAGAAACUGUGGGAGCUGGCGAAGCACGUAAGCGAGUUCCUGGUUUGGCGUCAGGUGAUUUGUCCGUUCGACAGAGACCGCCGCAUUCUUCAGUACCUCGUCACCACGGCUGUAUACACCGAAGACGAGCUGCACCUGGCCUCUUAUGAGAGUGAGGGACCAGAAAACAACAUGGAGAAAGAUAGCCGUAGGUCUCUGAGAUCUUCCCUUCUCCAUCGAGAGAACCGCUCUUAAGAGGUUUUCUCGACUUUAGAUACUUUUUGAUUCGUAUUCCCAGGAUCAAAGUUUACAUUCUGGACCUAAGUACGCUGUUGCAGAACAAUGAAUGCCGCUUGGAACAUCCUCACCAAUAAACUUAAGCCUUUUUUUCCCCCAACCCUUUGGGAUUUCAAGGAGCGUCAGUGCCAGAGACAGGACUCCAUUGUGAAGCUUGGAUAGAAAUACACUAAAAAGGAUAUUAGGCGAAAAUGUGCGUGGAUGUUUAUUUCUAAGUACCAGCGGAUGGAUGCUCAACAUGUUUACAGCUGCUGAAUGGACAGGUUUUGCUUCAUAAGAGUUAUGGAGCUGACCACAUUUGGUUGCAUCAUUAUGCUUGCAUACAAUGGAUAUGGGAAACACAAACAGGAAGAGCCAAAAUCCAUUGAUUUGUGUUACAAACUACAGCCUUUAAAUAGCUUCUAGAAAGUGGUGUGGCUGUACCUUCAAGCCAUUCAUUUUUUAAUGCUCAUCCACAGUUGAUCCAUCUUAAUUUGGAUGGUAAAGUCACGUGAUCACUCUAUUAUUUGCAUUUAAACAACUUGCGACGUGCGCACUUUGGCUCUUUGUAAAGCUACAUUACGUAAGUGGCGGCAGCAUCAUGCAAACAAAAUGCACUUGACUGUGUGUCCCUGUGCUGUGUUUUAUAGUAUUCUGUGACUCUAGUACAUACGAGUCUGUUCUUUCAAGUCAUGUUGUAUUUUGUAUCAGAAGCUUAAAACUAUUUUUUUUUUUUU